AUGAAGAGAUUUUCAAUGCAAUCUUGGAAAGAGAUAUCAAAGGAUGAAUUGCGUCUAUUGGAUUUCUGGGCAAGCCCAUUUUGCAUGAGAGUCAAAAUUGCUCUAGCUGAAAAGGGUGUGGCUUAUGAAUCUCAUGAAGAAGAUUUAUUUGGUGGCAAAAGUGAUUUGCUUUUAAAAUCCAAUCCAAUUUAUGAGAAAGUUCCAGUUUUGUUGGACAAUGGGAAGCCAAUUGUAGAGUCCAAUAACAUUGUGUAUUAUAUUGAUGACAAGUAUUCUCCUAAUCCUUUGUUGCCUUCUUGUGCUUAUGCCCGCUCUCGAGCACGUUUUUGGGCUGAUUUCAUCGAUAAAAAGGUAUUUGAAGCAGGAAUGGGCAUAUGGAGGAGCAAAGGUGAUGAACUAGAAGUUGCAAAGAAUGAUUUCAUAGGAAUCUUGAAGAAGCUUGAAGGAGCCAUGGGUGACAAGGAUUACUUUGGAGGAGACAACUUUGGGUACGUUGAUGUCAUAGCAACUGCCAUGACAUCUUGGUUCCAUGCUUAUGAAGUAUUUGGAGGUUUUAAGGUUGAACAGUUGUGUCCUAAAUUUGGCUGUUGGAUGAAGAGAUGCCUUAAGAGGGAGAGUGCUAGUGUCCUUCCAGAUCCUGAAAAGGUCUAUCAGUGUGUUGUCAUGCUUAGAAAGAUGCAUGGCAUUGAAUAGGACGGGUUCUGUCGAUUCAAUCGCACUAUAUACAUUUUAAAAAGAAUAAAAAUAAAUGUAUACGUAUAAUAAAGUUAUAAUAAUUCUGAACUCGCGAAUUCUAUUACUUAGGAUUCGAGUCUUGAGUCAGUAUGUGCUGGAUCACUCGAUCCUGCUUGGUUUUUUAAUUUUAAUUUUUCUUUCUUCCUUUGUGAUUUGGGCUUCAAGUUCUCUCUCAUACUCUUUCCAUGUCUAUUUGAGCUUAUAUUUAUUAUGUCACAAUAAAAUGUAUCAUUUUAUGCAAAAAUGUACCAUUAGUUCUUCCUAGAAUCAUUCCUAUGUUUACUUUCA